AUGGCUGCAGUUACUGGCUACGAACACGCCGACGCGUGGGAGCAGGACUGGCUCAAGGUCGACGAUACGCAUGAGGUGUACUACGAGCAAUACGGCAAGAAAGACGGGAAACCAGAGGUGCAACUGACAAAUGCAGUCAUUUUCCUCCACGGCGGCCCCGGCGGAAAAACCUCCAAAGCAAACACCCAAUUCUUCAACCCAGCCAUCUACCGCGUCAUCCUCCUCGACCAGCGCGGCGCCGGCAAAUCCCGCCCCCACGCUUCAAUAAAAGACAACACAACCUGGCACCUCGUCGCCGACAUCGAGCUCCUGCGCCGCCACCUCAACAUCCCCAAAUGGCACCUCGUCUUCGGCGGCUCCUGGGGCUCCACGCUCGCCCUGGCCUACGCGCAAACCCACCCAUCCAGCACCGGCAGCCUCGUCCUGCGCGGCAUCUUCGCUGUGCGCGCCAAAGAGCUCAACUGGACGAACCAGCCCGGCGGCGCGCCCUUCCUGUUCCCCGACGCGCACGAAGAAAUGGUCAAUUUCCUGCCGGAAAACGAGCGCGCGGAUCACAUGAAUGCGUACCAUGACCGCCUCAUGUCGGAUGAUCCGGCUGUCUCGCACCCCGCGGCCACCGCCUGGAAUAAAUACGAAAUCAACAUGUCGACGCUGCGCUUGGAUCCCGCGGAUUUGGAGAAACUCACUGAUCCGGUGUACCUUCUGCCGCACGCGCGCAUGGAGGCGCAUUAUUUCAAGAAUCGCGCGUGGUUGGAGGAAGGACAGUUACUGCGGGCGGAGAAUAUCGAGAGGAUUAGACAUGUGCCGUGUACGAUUGUGCAGGGUAGGUUUGAUGUCGUGUGUCCGCCUGUGACGGCGUGGGACUUGCACAAGGCGUGGCCUGAGACGAAGUUGGUUUGGGUGCGGGAUGCGGGGCAUAGUGCGACGGAGCCGGGGACGAAGAAGGCGUUGAUUGAGGCUUGUGAUGGAUAUGCGGGGUUGGAGGUUUAG